GCGCGCUGUCUUCUGGGAACGGCUUUACGAUAUAUUGAUCGUCAUUUUACGGCAGGACAGGGUUGCUUUGUGGCUGUCAGUUUUCCCAGAGGUCCGAGUGGGUAGCGCUACCUUGUCUGGGGUGGCGGCUGCUACGACAGCGGAGAGAUGAGGCAGAAGCGGAAAGGAGAUCUCAGCCCUGCUGAGCUGAUGAUGCUGACCAUAGGAGAUGUUAUUAAACAACUAAUUGAAGCCCACGAGCAGGGGAAAGACAUCCAUCUAAAUAAGGUGAAAACCAGGACAGCUGCCAAAUAUGGCCUUUCAGCACAGCCCCGCCUGGUGGAUAUCAUUGCUGCAGUCCCACCUCAGUAUCGAAAGGUCUUGGUCCCCAAGUUAAAGGCAAAACCCAUCAGAACUGCCAGUGGGAUUGCUGUUGUGGCUGUCAUGUGCAAACCCCACAGAUGUCCACACAUCAGUUUUACAGGAAACAUAUGUGUAUACUGCCCUGGUGGACCUGAUUCAGACUUUGAAUAUUCGACCCAGUCUUAUACUGGAUAUGAGCCAACCUCCAUGCGAGCUAUCCGUGCUAGGUAUGACCCUUAUCUACAGACAAGACACCGAAUAGAACAGUUAAAACAACUUGGUCACAGUGUGGAUAAAGUGGAAUUUAUUGUGAUGGGUGGAACAUUUAUGGCCCUUCCAGAAGAAUACAGAGAUUAUUUUAUUCGAAAUUUACAUGAUGCCUUAUCAGGACAUACCUCCAACAAUAUUUACGAGGCAGUCAAGUAUUCUGAGAGAAGCCUCACAAAGUGCAUCGGAAUUACUAUUGAGACCAGACCAGAUUAUUGCAUGAAGCGGCAUUUAAGUGAUAUGUUGACUUACGGCUGCACAAGGCUGGAGAUUGGGGUGCAGAGUGUCUAUGAGGAUGUGGCCAGAGAUACCAACCGGGGCCACACUGUGAAGGCGGUAUGUGAGUCCUUUCACCUGGCCAAAGAUUCUGGUUUCAAAGUUGUGGCUCAUAUGAUGCCCGAUCUGCCAAAUGUGGGACUAGAGAGAGACAUUGAACAGUUUACAGAGUUUUUUGAGAACCCUGCUUUUCGUCCUGAUGGUUUGAAACUCUACCCUACCCUGGUGAUUCGUGGAACUGGGCUUUAUGAGCUGUGGAAAUCGGGAAGAUACAAGAGUUAUUCUCCCAGUGACCUGAUUGAAUUGGUGGCCCGGAUCCUUGCCCUCGUGCCUCCGUGGACUCGAGUGUACCGAGUGCAGAGAGAUAUUCCAAUGCCCUUAGUCAGCUCAGGAGUAGAGCAUGGUAACUUGAGAGAGCUGGCAUUUGCAAGAAUGAAAGACCUUGGAAUACAGUGUCGAGACGUGAGAACCAGAGAGGUUGGAAUCCAAGAAAUUCAUCACAAAGUGCGUCCAUACCAGGUUGAAUUGGUAAGAAGAGAUUAUGUUGCAAAUGGUGGCUGGGAGACAUUCUUAUCCUAUGAAGACCCCGAUCAAGACAUUUUGAUUGGCCUUCUGAGAUUACGGAAGUGCUCAGAGGAGACAUUCCGUUUCGAAUUGGUCGGCGGGGUGUCCAUAGUCCGAGAGCUGCAUGUGUAUGGAAGUGUCGUCCCCGUCAGGAGUCGGGAUCCCACUAAAUUUCAGCAUCAGGGAUUUGGCAUGCUACUGAUGGAGGAAGCAGAAAGAAUAGCUAGAGAAGAACAUGGAUCUGGGAAAAUAGCUGUUAUAUCAGGGGUUGGCACCAGGAAUUAUUACAAAAAGAUUGGCUACAGAUUGCAAGGUCCGUACAUGGUAAAACAUCUAAAAUAACCGCCACACCAGCGCACCUUGAUAACUAUCCUCCCUGGCAGAAAACAGAGAUUCAGGAUGUGUUGAACACUCAGCACAGAGGCUGAGCGAAGCACAUGGACCUCCCUUGACCCCCUGACAAGGAGCCUCCCCCUCGCCCUCCCGCUGGAGCCACAGAGACUGGAAGCCGCACCCAGGGCCAGGCCGGGUGUCUGCUGACCAAGCCCACAGAGCCUGGGCACUCAGAGCCCCCGCACCGCGCCCUCCUGCAUGUUCUCAAGACGUCACUUCCGUUUCAAGGCUUAAGUCCUGUAUCCAAUUUCUAAAUUCUGCAUGAGGCCUGCAAGUGACCUAACCAUGACUCAGGCACAGUGACAAAAGCAAACUGAUCAUCUCAUUUGAACUGCAUGGUUCAUGAACUAAAAACUGGCUAUGUCAUUUGAGGAGGACACUUAGUUUCUAUCAGCAGGUUAUUUAUAUCCUGUACAGACAAAACGCCAGGUUGGGACAUGUGAAAACUGUCACGUUGAUCUCUGACCUAUAACUACAUAUGCCUUCCAGCACAGGUCAAGAAAAUGAGCUUUUCUUUUCACGGACAGCAUUCUGGUUUGAAAUAACAGUGUGAUGGGGAGAGAAGAAGCAAGAUUGUAGGCUUAUGUUUCAAGCUUGAAACCAGCCUUUCUCAUUUGGGCAUCUACCAUCUAUGAAGGGCCAUUACAGACAUCCAUUUAUUUCACAUUUUUAAUCGUCUGUACUUUGCACACUCUUGACAAUUGCAAAACACCGUGGGCGGCACUUUCUCCCAGAGAGGCGUUUGGCUUCCCCAUUGGUCUGUCCUGAGCAGGCAGAGUCUGCCGUGCAUGUAUCUGGGUUUGGGUGAUAUCUGUGGAUGUCAAGAGGCACAUCCACAGGAGCUGUUCCCUUUAUUUUAAUUCUUUAAAUGGAUUUUGGUUUGUUUUAAAUGGAGAAAGGUUAGGGUUAAACUUUUUUGUGAAAGCAAAAAAAUGGAAAACAGGCCCAAAUCUAAAAAUAGGAAAGAGACUAGCUUUUUCAAAGUUUCAUCUUUAUAGAACUGCCUCUAUAUAACUUCCAGGUAAUCUAAGGAGACUCAGCCUGGAGAGGGUCAGUUCUAAGAACGUAGCUUAACCCUGCAUCCCUUGGCUUCUGUGGCAUUUUACAAAGGUUUAUUAAAUGGAAUUGAUUCUUCUAAAGGUUUGGAAAAUAAAAUCUUCAGCAUACAA